GAAGAGAUCUUUCAACAAGGAAAACAGCUGGUUGACUCCGGGUCCAACAGCAGUCAAACGGGCUGGGGUAGCCAGUCGCAGUCUUCCUCAUCAACCACACACGGGUCUGCGGAUCACAUUGUCCACGGGAUGGAUAAAGACAUCGCCGAACCGGACCCAUCUCGUCAGCGCAACGGUGUCGUGGAAGGGCUUUAUGGAGAAUUCACGGACUCGCUCAACGCAAAGGUCAGAUAUUCUGUGAGUUUGACGGAGAGUUCUCUCGCUAUUCAAAAUAUAUCAUCGUCACCUGGACAGGAUAAGGUGGUUUUCAACUUAACUGACUGUCUUGGCUGCCGGGCUUAUAAAGUGGAGGACGAAGCAGACGUUGGGGCGUUCUUUACAGCCUAUUUCUACCCGUUCAAGAGACGAUGGAUGAGCACAGGCAUGGCCCGGCAGAAAGUAGAGCAGUGCUUUCGGGUCGCACUGGUCCAGGACCCUCUCACUAAUCUUCAAGAGGCAGAGAGAUGGGCGCGUGCCAUCAGAGAGGCUUCUAUCCGCCAGAUACGCCGACGACAUGGUGAGAAGCAAGGCUUCAUAGUUGAAAUAAAACAGUUGUUUCUUUCUGGUAUAGCUAUGUUUGAUGAGGGCGUAGGUUCUCAUUUAAUUUAGUCAAACAGCAUCAGACUUAAGGCUAUGUAUAUGGAUAGCCUGAAAAGACUGUCAUUAUUGCCAUAUACUGUGGGUAUAUAUGUUUCCUCAUUUAUUUAGGAUGCAUUUUAUACUCUGCCCAGGGAAAUCAGGCUUAUAAGUUCAGUUCAAAAUGUGAGGGUAACUUUCCAUCACCUUUAUCCCAUACUGCACCUAAGGUCCAGUAAUUCACAACCUGCUUACUCAGUUUCUAUAGAAUAGGAGAGGCUUACGUGACAACUGACUGUCCUGAGACUGGGCAAGCUUGGAGAAGGAAAUUGAAUGUUCUGGAAAUGGAAUGUCAUUCCUCUCUCACACCCAAUAACUAGCUUUACCUGCUGUGGGAGGAUGACUGCCACUUACCUUUCAUUUGCAUAGAUUUGCAACUGUGAUAUUUCUGUAUAAUUUGUUAGGGGUAAUUUAGUCAUCCCACAAGCAACAUUACUGAACCCAAGUACUCAAGUAAUUGAACUCAUCGUUUUUCAUCUAAUGGUGCUUAUGCCCAAUGUCUUGGAUCAGGAAAACUCUUAUUACAACACAACCGUAUUCAAAUGCCUGCUUUUGAAAUCUCCAGUCCAUGUCAUAGACCUAGGUCCAUGUGCAGCGACCUAACUGACCCUACUGAAUCAGUUCUGAACAUGAAGCAGAGUGCUGCUGAUGCUAAUUAUCCAGUUAUCACUCACUGAGGAGGAGAUCAUUUGUUGUGGAUGAAGCUGCCACAGGGAGAGCCAUAUGCAAAAUAUUAUAAUGACAUUCUGUCAGAAUAUCACACAUUAUUUUGAAUUGAGUUAAUCCAAGUUAUUGCUACAAGAUUAAAUGUUGAGCAUUAGUGUGCGCUUUGUUAAAUUGCUUUAUUAGAUUGGUUUAUUCGGAUCCCCAUUCGCGUUUGCCAAAGCAGCAGCUAUUCUUCCUGGGGUCCACACAAAAACAUAGAACACGACAAGUAACAAAACACUGAUACACUGAUAGACAAUAACAGUCACACAAAUAAGAUAGGAGUGCAUGUGCCAUUGGCCUAAAUAGGCAGAAUGAAAGGGAAUUUCCAUCUGAACAAAAAGGAGAGCAGUCGAGGAUAUAGUCAAUCAUAAAUUAAUUUGGCUUAAUACAAGUUGCAACAAGGAGACACCCUCUAGCAUAGAAACAUAGAAAACGUCUAACGGGCCUUCUCUGAGAAGGCACUUACAGUGGGGAAAAAAAGUAUUUAGUCAGCCACCAAUUGUGCAAGUUCUCCCACUUAAAAAGAUGAGAGAGGCCUGUAAUUUUCAUCAUAGGUACACGUCAACUAUGACAGACAAAAUGAGAAAGAAAAAUCCAGAAAAUCACAUUGUAGGAUUUUUAAUGAAUUUAUUUGCUAAUUAUGGUGGAAAAUAAGUAUUUGGUCAAUAACAAAAGUUUCUCAAUACUUUGUUAUAUACCCUUUAUUGGCAAUGACACAGGUCAAAUGUUUUCUGUAAGUCUUCACAAGGUUUUCACACACUGUUUCUGGUAUUUUGGCCCAUUCCUCCAUGCAGAUCUCCUCUAGAGCAGUGAUGUUUUGGGGCUGUCGCUGGGCAACACAGACUUUCAACUCCCUCCAAAGAUUUUCUAUGGGGUUGAGAUCUGGAGACUGGCUAGGCCACUCCAGGACCUUGAAAUGCUUCUUACGAAGCCACUCCUUCGUUGCCCGGGCGGUGUGUUUGGGAUCAUUGUCAUGCUGAAAGACCCAGCCACAUUUCAUCUUCAAUGCCCUUGCUGAUGGAAGGAGGUUUUCACUCAAAAUCUCACGAUACAUGGCCCCAUUCAUUCUUUCCUUUACACGGAUCAGUCGUCCUGGUCCCUUUGCAGAAAAACAGCCCCAAAGCAUGAUGUUUCCACCCCCAUGCUUCACAGAAGGUAUGGUGUUCUUUGGAUGCAACUCAGCAUUCUUUGUCCUCCAAACACGACGAGUUGAGUUUUUACCAAAAGGUUCUACUUUGGUUUCAUCUGACCAUAUGACAUUCUCCCAAUCCUCUUCUGGAUCAUCCAAAUGCACUCUAGCAAACUUCAGACGGGCCUGGACAUGUACUGGCUUAAGCAGGGGGACACGUCUUGCACUGCAGGAUUUGAGUCCCUGGCGGCGUAGUGUGUUACUGAUUGUAGGCUUUGUUACUUUGGUCCCAGCUCUCUGCAGGUCAUUCACUAGGUCCCCCCGUGUGGUUCUGGGAUUUUUGCUCACCGUUCUUGUGAUCAUUUUGACCCGACAGGGUGAGAUCUUGCGUGGAGCCCCAGAUCGAGGGAGAUUAUCAGUGGUCUUGUAUGUCUUCCAUUUCCUAAUAAUUGCUCCCACAGUUGAUUUCUUCAAACCAAGCUGCUUACCUAUUGCAGAUUCAGUCUUCCCAGCCUGGUGCAGGUCUACAAUUUUGUUUCUGGUGUCCUUUGACAGCUCUUUGGUCUUGGCCAUAGUGGAGUUUGGAGUGUGACUGUUUGAGGUUGUGGACAGGUGUCUUUUAUGCUGAUAACAAGUUCAAACAGGUGCCAUUAAUACAGGUAACGAGUGGAGGACAGAGGAGCCUCUUAAAGAAGAAGUUACAUGUCUGUGAGAGCCAGAAAUCUUGCUUGUUUGUAGGUGACCAAAGACUUAUUUUCCACCAUAAUUUGCAAAUAAAUUCAUUAAAAAUCCUACAAUGUGAUUUUCUGGAUUUUUUUUCCUCAAUUUGUCAGUCAUAGUUGACGUGUACCUAUGAUGAAAAUUACAGGCCUCUCUCAUCUUUUUAAGUGGGAGAACUUGCACAAUUGGUGGCUGACUAAAUACUUUUUUUCCCCACUGUAUAUAUUAACCAGACAUUACCAAAUGUUCUCUAAAUAUCAGCCCGAGAGCCUUGUCUGAAGUCAAAACAAAAGACAGUGACUUUGCCAGUUGCUACAGAAUCACACAGUGUUCAUAAUGUCAUUGUGUCCUUAGUCCUUGUGCCUUCAGUAGCUCUGGCAUCAAUCACUAUAAAAUGAUAUGAGAACAAUCCAUAACAUUCAGUGACAAGUCUAGUGACCAUCAAUCCGUACACAAAUGAGUGUCAUAAAUAGAACACUGGAAAUCGUGUAUUACAGAACGGGGAAACAUAUACAUAUGCUAAGCAUUGUGUUAAUUACUCUUAACUGAAUAUCAACUUUAUUCAUCUUAAAUAUUCCCCAUUACACAGAGUGAAGAUAAGUGUCCAUAAAACAGGGGUGCCUGCCUAUUAUCAGCUUAGGGGCAUAGCAACAUAGUUCUAGAGGAAACAGAUAUUUGAUUUGGCAGUGACAGAUUUUGAAUGUUGGUUGCCAGAGAUGGAGUCAGGUGUUGGUGGAAUAAGGAAUGAGGUCGCCCCGUGAAUUGCCCUUUAGGUGUCCAAGGCAACUGAGACUAGAGUCUUUGUGUGAGUUGCACCUUAGGCCUGGAGCCAGCAGGAGUUGGAGUUUCAGAGCUUUGCCAAGCAGACAGAUGGUAACCUGACCUGAGAGGUAGCUGGUAGCAUUCUUUCUGGCCUGCUGGACUUCAAAAGCCAGCAAAGACAUUUUUCAAAUGUCAAUUCGCACAUAUUAAUGAAGUGUCUAUCAAUAGCCACUGAUGAUAAGCCAUUGAAAUGCUAACAAUUGAUGAACUGUGGCAUGACUCAGGAUUCCUGCUCUUGUACAAGAAGGCUUCUGCAUCUGUAGUAGAGUGACUACUGCAUAAUGCAAUGAUAUCAUUAAUUGAUAAGGUUUUUUUAGCAUUCAAGAUCCAGGCCAGACAAUAAUACAGUAUUCAACAGAAUAUAUUAUGUACUUUAAAUGAGUAAUGGGAAGCAGCAAAAUAUGUUACAUUAAUUCCUUGUUCUAGAGCAGGGGUGUCAAACUCAUUCAUUUUAGCAGACACUCUUAUCCAGAGCGACAAUUAGGGUUAAGUGCCUUGCUUAAGGGCACAUCGACAGAUUUUUCACCUAGUUGGCUCGGGGAUUAGAACCAGCGACCUUUCAGUUACUGGCACAACGCUCUUACCCACUAAGCUACCUGCUGCCCCUUGGAGUGUCUGCAGGUUUUUGUUUUUCCUUUCAAUUAAGCCCUAGACAACCAGGUGAGGGGAGUGCUUUACUAAUUAGUGACCUUAAUUCAUCAAACAAGUACAAGGGAGGAGCGAAAACCCACAGACACUCUGCCCUCCGUGGAAUGAGUUUGACAUGUGUUCUAGAGCAGGAUUUCUCAAAGCUUGAUGAUAAGUUGGUUAGUGCUAGGGUAAAGGGGGGGGGCAGUUUGGGAAUCCCUGUUCAGAGGGACCGACUAAUCCCUGAAAGUGAUAUUUAUGUUAAUUCAUUUCAUUUUAUCUGGUGAUGCAGCUGGAUCGGUCGUAUUAAGAAGGCAAUUUCUUUUUUGCUGUAAGGUUUAUGUUUAGGGAAAGCUAUCACACACUUUCAGUGCAUAAUACCACAUAAUUUUGUUGAAACUGUAGAUGCUAAAUAUUCAUUUUACAGUUGUUUUAUUGUUGUUCAGUCACAGCUUGACUGUGUAAUGACUGCACAGUGUGUGUUUAAGUAUCUGCAGUCUACCAUUCAGUUCCUGUCACAGCCAGGUCAUAACCGACUGAAUGAGGCGUUAAUAAUGAAAUCCUCAUACAAGGACAUGGAAGGUAAUAUCCUGCUAUUUGCAAUGCUUAGAGGUACCAUAAAAAUAAUGUCUGCAUUUUUGUAAGGAAAUUCAGUCUGUCUUGACUUUCAGGAUGUUAAAAAGUUUUCAGUGUAAACUUAAACGACUUAAAGUAUGUAGAAAAGAUAAUGGAGCUAUAUAUUAUUAAAUAGGAUCAUCUUUGAGAACUAAAAAAUAAAUAAGUAGACAGUCAGGUAGAAUCUAAAAUUCCAAAAAUGUCAUGGCCCCAAUUGAUUCUGUUAUAAUGUUUGAGUUACUCAGAUAGCAUAAGAACAAGGCAUAAGCCAUUGCAAAAUGUGUAGAAUUGCAGGAAAUUAGCUCUAAAACUGUAAAAUGUUCUCUCCGCCCAAUGGCAAAAUGUGUAUAAUUGCAGGAAAUUAGCUUUAAAACUUCAACAUUUUGUCUCUCUGUGUGUGUUCCACAGAGAGGGUAUGUAUCUGUCACUGUGAUAUCUCCCUAGGCCCAAUGCUCUGCUGACGCCACAGUGUCUCUCAGUGAUGGAGACAAGAGCUGAACGGUGCCCCAGCUACAUCAGUGGCCUCUCACCCCAGCCAGGCUGGUCCCCCGGGGCCCUCAUCUCCCACUCUGCUCCCUCAGACAGGCCUGCCUGUGACAGGCUGUCAGGGCCCCUGGCUCUACCUCUGUGGGCUGGGUGUCUAACCCCCCACCCUGAUCUUGGACUUAAGCUUGUUUGCAGAUAUGCCAGCUAUGUCUGA